GCCGGUUGGAAUCGCUCAACUCCCAGGAAUCAUAUUGACUCUCAAUUAAUUAUCCCCAAUCGCGCAGUCGAGCUUUUGGAUUGGUUUGUUUUAUUACGCUGGUCACCCUCUCAUCAAGCAAAUUCGUUGCUUGGCGCUCCCCAUCGCAAGCCCGCCGAACUUUUUUCUUCCCUCGAACUCCGAGCGUCGACAAAAGCGCUCCUCCAAAAAGACCCGCAAACAUAAUGGCUCCCAAGUCAGCCUCGUCCUCUUCGUCGGAGAGUGAGAGCAGAUCCUCUUCUCCCGAAGUGACCAAGAAGACCACGCAAGCGUCGAGUUCGGAAUCGGAGGAAGACUCGUCAAGCGGCUCCAGCGAAGGCGAGAGCGAUAAUGAAAGCGCCGCUUCUUCCAAGGAAGAAUCAGACAACGAGUCUGAAGAAUCAUCUGAUGAGUCGUCCAAAGUGAAGACCAUCGCCGCGCAGCCCUUCAAGGCCCCCUCCGGUUUCCGAUCCGUGAAGAAACAAUCGCCUCCUUCCUCCAGCACCGCCUCCGCCUUGUCCGAUCUCCGCGGGAAGCAAAUCUUCCACGUCUCCGCCCCGGCCUUCCUCCCUCUCUCGAAAGUCAAGGAGAUCUCGUUGGCCAAGGUCCUGCAGGGCGAGCCGGUUAUGAAGCACGAAGGCGUGGCGUAUGGCAUCCCGGCUGAAAGCAUGAGCAACGGCGAUGUGGCUGGGCAAACGCUCCUCACUUAUGACCCCAAGACCCAGACGUAUACAUCUACGACAGCGGACAAUAUCCAGAGCUACCAUGUGCAGGAGCUGGCCCAGCUCCCGGAGCGAUCUGAGACGGAAGGAAAAGUACGGGCGGCGGCACAGGAGCAGGUGGUUCCUCCGAGGAAACAGCCCAAGCACUUGAAGAUGCGGUUCCGUCCCGUGGGAAGCCGCAAUGCGCCCGCGGAGACGAUCGGGUCGAGCUCGGAAGAGUCAGAGGGAGAGGCGCCUACGUUCAAGGUCCCCAAGGGUGCCAAGGUCGACAAGGAGGAGAGAAAGCGGAAACAACACCCUACCGAGGGCGAGGGGAACACGGCCAGCGGCGAGCCUCGGAAGAAGUCCAAGAAGCACGAGGACGGGGAGAAAAAGAAAUCCAGCAAGAGCAAGGAGGAGAAGAAGCGGAAGAAGUCCGGAACGACCGCAUGAGACGAGUCUGAAAUUUUGUUGGACGUUUGACACUGGGUGGAUACACAUUUCUUUUGCAUCAGGGCGCAUGAUACCUGGAUGAGCUUGUAUAUAGGUGGACCACUAAAAAUUGUGAGAUUAAGAGUUUGCUUAUG